AUCUCUGCUGGAAUUUUAGAAAACUUGCAAUGGAAGACCAAAAGCAAGUUGAGCAAGAUUACAAAUCAGAGAAAAUGGAAAUCUUAAAAUUGGCUCAGUCAAAGAAGAACAUUAUCAGCUUGAACACAGAUCUUGAAAAGGACAUGCAGAGGAUAGAUGAAGCCAAUCAGGAGAUGCUUCUCAAAAUCCAAGAGAAAGAGCAUGAGAUUCAGAGGUUAGAAAGUGAGAUUACCCAGAUGGAAGACUCAGCAAGAGAUGAAGAAUGGGAGAAAGAAAAUUUCAUGAUAGUAGAGAAGGAAAGAGCCUUACAAGAGCUGGAGGAAAAAAGCGCCAAACUUGAAAGGAAGAACGAGACUCUGGUCCAUAGUAUAACAGAACUGCAGAGAAAGCUUGCAAGGAAACCAUACAAGAUAACAAAGUAUGCACAAUGUGAUCUGGACAGCAACUCAGAAGAGCUGCAGGUUAAGUUACAGCAACUGGAAGCUUCCUGUGCAGACCAAGAAAAGAAACUGGCCAAGAUAAUAGAAGACUAUGCAUUUGUAGUCCAGCUCUGUGAGGACCAAGCCCUCUGCAUAAAGAAGUACCAGGAAACCUUGAGGAGGAUAGAAGAAGAGCUAGAGACUCGUUUCCUUGAGAGAGAAGUAUCAAAAGUCUUGAGCAUGGACUCUCUGAGGAGAAACUGUGAAGAUCAAAAUAAUGAGUGCACUUCUUUCCCAAAAACAGCAACAUGGUUGUGUAAAAGGAUUUUUCACUGUCUCUUUUUCAUCGUCCUAUUUGUGGUCAGGCUGCUGGGAUACGUGCUCUUGCAUAUCACUUUUAUAAACCCAGAUCUCCUUGUUAACACCCUGCCGAAAAUACUGAGCAGAAGCAACUUGUGGAAGCUGAGAUGUUUCCUUUUUCCAUCGCUGACACUAGAGACAGAAGACCUGUUGCCUCAUUGAGCCAAGAAGUAUUCUAGGGCAACAGAAGGCAAGUUGGACCAAAGCUGUGAACAGAAAUGGUGGCAUUUGUGGAGGGAGAGAGUUUCCCCGGCUUCUCCUUUGAGCUUUGUCUGUUUGAUGACUUCCUCUUCUGCAACGUUUGUCCAGGAGUAAUAUUGCCCAGUAAA